AUGAGACGCCCGACUGCGACCAGGAGAAGAGCCCAGUCCGAGUCCGAAGAGGAAGACGCAGGUAGUUCUGGAGACGAGCAUUAUCAAUCUUCCAGAGAAGGACCUUCAGAUGUUGAUGUUCGAAGAGAAGAGCUGACCAAGAAGUACGGGGAGCAAGUGGCUGCUUUGGUGGUUGACAAACGAAUGAAAGCAGAACAAGUAGAGGGAGUUUUGGGCUGGAGUUUCAAAUUUGCACGUGUUCUUAUUGGGGUUGAGAAUAGACACCAGGUAAUCACCAGGAGUGGUGUUAUACAGAAAGUAUUCGAGGCGGAGAAAGGAACGCGGCCUUUGAUGAAAUGGCAAACAAUCCUUCCGUUUCUUCAAGCUAUUCUACACGAUACUUUUGGAUUAGAACUCGUGGCAUUGCCCAAGAAAAAUACCACCACCACAACCACCAACAAGAAACAAAAGAGGACAAAUGGACAGGCACAGGCAGAAACCUCGAGCUCUCAGGUGAGCUAUAUUUUGGUCAACAUUAUUCCCGAAGAGAUGAAGGACAUCAUCAGCAAAAUUUUUGAGGCUGGAAUUCAAGAAUCCAAGAGUGUGGCCGACUUAGAGGUGGCUGACAGUGUUGGCAAAAUUGUUGUUCCUAGUCCGGUUACCGAUACUGUUGAGUCUGGAUUCAAAGCACUGAUAAUAUGUAUCAUUGCACUCCAUGAAAACCAUAUAACCAAAAAUGAGCUUUUUCAAAUUCUGGAGGAACAGUUCAAAAUCUCAACCCACCAGACAACCGUUUACGACUUCCUGAGCAGAUGUAACAUGGACGAGUUCAUGUCUCUGAUGGAUAGGCAGGAGUACAUCGUGCAAUCCGUGACCAAAUCUGCAAAUGCUCGAAAUCAAACCGGAGAUUUUGUGGAGUAUUCCUUAGGAAGAAGAGCGGUUGCAGAGUUUGGUAAAGCCGAAAUGAUGAGGUUCAUCGAAGGAAUAUACGGUGAGUCCUGGGACGAGGAUAAUGUGAAAGCGGCCGAGUUCACGUUCCUCCAAGUUUUUAAGGAAACGGCUCCUUCACCAGAUACAGUGGUUUGA